CUAAGUCUGUGUUGUAAACACAGUAAAGCACGUGUUUUCUUAUAAUUCGCUCAAAUUAAUUAUCAAACAUAAAUUAUUUACAAUGGUUAAAAUUGCAAAAAAUAAACUACAGAAGCCACAAGCUAAGCCUGAGAACGAUGUGGUAAUUUUACCUCCUUGGCGAAUGUCUGACGAACCAGCACCAAAACAGGUAAAAUGGAUAAAUAGACAAAGAGUUUUGGUGUUUGCGACUCGGGGCAUUAACCAUCGCCACCGGCAUGUGAUGGAAGAUAUAAAAAAAUUAAUGCCACAUCAUAAAACUGAAUCCAAGAUGGAAAGAAGCAAAAACUUGUAUGUGGUCAAUGAAAUCAGCGAGAUGAAAAACUGCAAUAAGUGCUUAUUAUUUGAAGGUAGAAAGAUGAGAGACUUAUAUUUAUGGAUGUCUAACAUACCCAAUGGACCUAGUGUAAAAUUUUUAGUUGAAAAUGUCUACACCAUGGCGGAAUUGAAAAUGACUGGUAAUUGUUUAAGGGGUUCUAGGCCUUUGCUCUCAUUUGACCCUCAAUUCACAAAGGAACCACAUCAUAUGCUGCUCAAAGAAUUGCUCACUCAAAUUUUCGGUGUACCCAAUCACCACCCUAAAAGUCAACCAUUUUUCGACCAUGUCUAUACUUUCAUGAUUUUGGACAAUAGAAUUUGGUUCAGAAAUUAUCAGAUAUUAUCAGAAGAUGGUGCAUUAGCUGAAAUUGGACCGAGAUUUGUUUUAAAUCCUGUAAAAAUAUUUUCUGGCUCAUUUGGUGGAAUGACUUUAUGGGAAAACCCAAAGUACAUUAGCCCGGCUAAACUUCGACAGGCAUACUCAAAGAAGGCUGCUCAUAAAUAUGAGCGAAGAAUUGAAAAAAAAGUUCUUUAUGAAUCAACAAAACCUGAAACUGGCUAUCCUGAUAUAGAGGGAGCAGACUUUUUCAAAGGAGAUCCAAUGGAGAAAGCAAAGGAAGUUGUUGUAAAAGAGGAAGAAUCGGAGAAAUCCUCAGAAGAAGAUAAUUUAGUGGAAAAUAUUGCACCUAAAAACAAAGGAAAGGCCAAACCAGACAUGGCCAUCAGACGCAAACAACUCAAGGCGAAAAGCAAGGCUAUUUCUGACCAAAUAAAAAAGAGGAAACAAUUUAAAAAGAAAAAACCCUUAAAAUGUCCUCAUUAAUUAAAAUAAAACAAUAUUGUUACACACCAAAUA